UAACUAAGUUGGUUUGAACGGAACUGAAUUCAGAAUGCAUCGAUCCAAGAUCAGUAAAUAAAGCUAGUUAGCUAACAAACUAGCUCUGAUUCAAGCUUAUGAAAAACUCCAGUUUGACAGUCAACCAUCGAGCCAUUUCUGUCAACUUGUAGUUCAUGUAGAUAGCCAGAUGAACAACCUGAAUGACCCCCAGGAAUGGAACAUCAGGCCAGAGCAGAGAGGGGGUGGUGGGGGCAACGAUGGGAACAAGUGGAACUAUGCCCUACUGGUGCCCAUGAUCGGUCUCGCUGCCUUCCGGUGGAUAUGGUCCAGAGAGUCACAGAGGGAAGUGUUGGAGGUGAAAGAAAAGUUUGACAAGAGCAUGCAGGCCAUCCGUGAUGACAUGGAGCUGAAGUACAAGGACACGCUGAGAGAGAACCGACGGGAGACGGUCCACCUGGAGCUGGAACUGGAGAAGGAGAAGAACCGCGUGCAGGGCUACCGCCAGGCCAUAGCCUCCCAGAGCCAGCAGCUGAUGGAGGAUCGCAGGAGGCUUAGCCAGGAGCGGGAGGCCCUGACUGGGGAGAAGAUCCGACUGCUGCAGGCUGGCGGAGCUGGGGCCCUCCUCCACACGGCUCUGGAGAGGGAGAGCGAGUGGCACCGGGGAGCCAUAGCCGCUCUGAGGGAGGUGGAGGAGGGUCUGGUGGAGAGGCAGGGGGCCUUCUGCAGCAUCCUGGUGCCCCGGGAGAAGAGGCUGGAAAUGGAGAAGGACUUGCUGGUCAGAGCUGUCAGAGAACGGGCUCUCGCCCAGCUGGAUAUGGAGGCCGGCCUCAAGGACAUCUUUAAAAAUGACCGCCACUGUGCGCAGUACCUGAACACUGACAAGCGCAAGAACGGUAGUCUCAUGUGGAUCUACCUCAGAUACUGGCAGCUGCAGGUCACACUACAGAAACACAGGAGAGCAGAGGCCACGUUGUUGGGAACACAGUCUAGCAAUCUAUGAUAUCGCUGGGAUUAUGAGCCAAAGUGAUAUUUAUUAAUGAUGUGUAAUAUGUUCUAUGAGGAAGGACAAGCAUUUGAAAUGAGUACAGAAAAUUAUUGUUGAUAAUCUAAAAAUGUGUAUCUGAGAGACAAAGUAAAAUUAAAAACUGUAAACAAUAUGGUUAACCCUGUAAAGCAUUUAUUUAACCUAAAAUGUUAUUUGCAUGACCAAUAUCCUAAUCAUAGAAUCCUAUAGUGUUUUAUUUUUUAUUAAACUAAAUGUUUCCAUCAUACAGUACAUCUCAUCUCAAACCUGUGUUUGUGGGGUAUGCAAAUAAAGUACCGCACUGGCACUGUGUAUAUCAGUUGUCAUGACGCUAGCCCUUUCAAUGAAUCGGCUAGCAGAGAUGUGAACAACCCCCUACUGUGAGGGUCACAGUAGAACAAAGGAACUCUCCCGCCAAAUACUCCGAAUUAAACAUAGUUCCUAAUUUAGAGAAAAUGGAAACGGUUGGUGGAGGAGCCAGCUAAGACCCGGUCCGUUUUGUUUCAUGUUUGUGACCUAAUGAAAGACAAUACAGGCACGUUACCCUAACUCUGUUUAUACAGGUUCUUCAGUUGAGGCUUGCAUCUGAAUGUUGGAUAAAAUGUUUGACGAAGUAGAAGAAUACUUUUGAAAAGAUAAUGUGAUUUAGUCUUCUAAAAUGAAAAGUGUUUGUUUUAUGGUAAUGUGUGCCCAGUCAGUGGCCCCGCCCAAGUGAGUAGAAAUUGGUUGGAAAUAAUGAACCAACCCCUUUUCCACUCUAGAAUAAAAAAAAACGGGACGAAAAGUCACCUGUUUAAAAAGGGCUAUUUCUAAUUUCAACUCUACAGGCCAGAAAACGUGAGAGCUUGCUCCACACGUGAAAUGGUAUGAACUCUGAAAUAUUGAUCACUCAAGAAGAAGUGAGUCCAAGAUUACAGCCUAACAGACUGCAGCUGCAAAGGUAGCAAAUCUAGUAAGAACAUUGACCGAUGCAGAAAAUCACAUCUCACUCUAAGACGACCCGGAAAAAUCUACAAGAACAAUGGCGACCUAACGAGCGAUCGUUAGUGGCAUAUGUAUUUAUGUGAGAAUAGCUUCCCAUGUCCGAUAGAGACCCAUUCCUUAGUCUUCCUUCCAGCCCCCAGCCCCCCACACACUCUGAAUCUAUCGUGAUAUAACCAAACUGUUUUUGUUUAGUCUAUUGGGGACGGUAUUUACUGUAUAAUGUAUUGUAUAUUCUGUAAUUGCUUAAUUAGUUAGUAAAUAAAUAAUUCAGCCAA